ACUCACACAGAUCACACACUCUCACACACUCUCUCGGCAGUGAGAGCGGCAGCCGCGCAGAGAGAGGGGAGUCAUGGGGAAGUCAGGAGGAAGAGGAGACUUUGAAUGGGUCUACAGCGACCAGCCGCACACCUCCAGGAGGAAGGAGAUUCUGGCCAAAUACCCAGAGAUCAAGUCCCUGAUGGGUCCAGACCCCCAGCUGAAGUGGGUGGUGUCCGGCAUGGUCCUGACCCAGCUCCUGGCCUGCUACCUUGUCCACGACCUCUCCUGGAAGUGGGUCUUCUUCUGGGCCUACGCCUUCGGCGGCUGCAUCAACCACUCCCUGACCCUGGCCAUCCACGACAUCUCCCACAACGUGGCCUUCGGCAACAAGCUGGCCCGGUGGAACCGCUGGUUCGCCAUGUGGGCCAACCUGCCCAUCGGCCUGCCGUACUCCGCCUCCUUCAAGAAGUACCACAUCGACCACCACCGCUACCUGGGCGGCGACCAGCUGGACGUGGACAUCCCCACGGACUUCGAGGGGUGGUUCUUCUGCACGCCGGCCAGGAAGGUGCUGUGGCUCUUCCUCCAGCCGUUGUUCUACGCCCUGCGGCCGCUGGUGGUCAACCCCAAGCCGGUGUGUCAGCUGGAGGUCCAGAACGCGCUGGUCCAGAUCGCGGCCGACCUGAUGGUCUACUACCUGUGGGGCGUGAAGCCCAUCGUUUACCUGAUCGCCGGAUCCAUCCUGUGCAUGGGACUGCAUCCCAUCUCCGGACAUUUCAUCGCCGAGCACUACAUGUUCCUGAAGGGCCACGAGACGUACUCUUACUACGGGCCGCUGAACUUGAUCACCUUCAACGUGGGCUACCACAUGGAGCACCACGACUUCCCCAGCAUACCCGGCAGUAAACUGCCUCAGGUGAAGCAGAUCGCCGCGGAGUACUACGACUCGCUGCCCCAGCACUCCUCCUGGACCCGGGUUCUGUGGGACUUUGUGUUUGACGACAGCAUCGGGCCCUACGCCCGGAUCAAACGGCAGUACAAGCUGGACAAACAGGGAUAGGCCUGCGUCCGCCGCCGCCGCCGCCGCCUCCCACAGCAGGAACGUGAAUUUCACUGGUUCAGCAUCCUUUAUUUACUCCAGCUUCAAUGUUUCUGCAUCGUGAGGUUGUUUGAUGCUUUCAGCUGAUCUGUUCUGUUCUCACAUGUAGGAUGAUGUUCACAUUUCCAUUCAUACCAUGUACAGGUUCAACACCCACACACACACACACACACACACACACACACACACACACAUCAGUGUCCUGCGUUAACACUGACAGUCCCGAGGGCCCGUCGCUCCUACUGCUGACAUUUCCCUGAGCCCCGAGGUGAUUUAGUCACAUUUCCUCAUCUGUAGAAUGAACCCACGCUUUAAAUUUGGAUAAAGGUCACAUGCAUUCUCAUGAGGGCUCACACACACACACACACACACACACACACACACACACACCACUACCUCCUUCAGUUGCCUUUUUCCUGACAGUCAGACUCAUUACGUGUUUCUGAUUGUGAGGAUUUAAAACACAGAUUGCUGAACGUUGUUGCAGAGCAGCGCUGAGACGGAAAAGCUUUUCUUUUCCUGGGUGAAGCCUCGCUCUGCGCUGGAAACAGUCCGAUUGCAUCUACUGGGAGUGGACUAAUGAAUCGAAACCAAAUCAGAUGCUGCCUCUUUAGCCUGUUUUGCUGAUGCAGCUUUUCUCUACAAAAACCUUUAAUCACACACAUUAGCUCCUUUUUUGUAAUAAAGUUUGAAACGCCACCUCUGAAGCGUCACCGGCGUCAGAAACCAGUCAGUCGUCCCUCUUAGCAGAGAAUCAGCUCUAAUGGAAACAUGUCCGCUGCACAGCUGCUGUGCUUGUUGAGUUUUUGUAAUUUUGUCCACCUGUUUUGCAGCUUUGUGUAUUUGCAUAAUCUUGUUUAUAUUGUUUCUAUUUAAAUGAUUAUAUUAAAGUCUUUCUAAGAAGAAACCAUUAAAAACAUGAAGGUG